AUGGGAAUCUGGUUAUCUCAGAGAAAGUAUCGUAAAAAUCAAAAGAAAGAGUGGGGGGAGGUGGAAAUCCUAUCUCAUAAUAAGAAGACUGAUCAGGCUAAGGAGGUACACGGCUGCCAAGCAACUGGAACAUGUCAGCAGUAUCAAUCCAGUCGUGCAAUAGAUGGAGACAUUAGCACGUGUACAAGGACAGUGCCAAUAGGAAUACAAUCAACAUAUCCAGAUAAAUGGACAUGGUGGUAUGUUGACCUUGAGAAAGUACUCAGCAUCUUCAGCAUCAGAAUACAGUUCAAAUACUAUGGAGAACAAUAUGUUAUGAGACAAAGAGGACGUUUUGCUGGUUUUUCACUCAAUGUGUCAAACACAACUAUAAAGGAGGAUGGAUAUCUAUGUUACAAGAACGGACAGGAGUUACCGACCUUGGAUUUCAGUACCACUUGUGUCAAACAUGGACGUUACGUUAUAUUUUACAAUGAAAGACUUGACGGAACAACUUAUCCUACCGCAUAUGAAACAUACAAUGUUCACACUGAAUUAUGUGAAGUAAUUGUAACAGGUUGUAAAGAAUCCGAUGUGUAUGGAUAUAACUGUGAUCUACCCUGUCCAAACAACUGUCAGGAAUUGAGAUGUGACAUUCUCAACGGAACGUGUUUGGGUUGUACUGCAGGAUGGGCGGGAGAAUUUUGUAAUGAAUCAUGUCCAGCUGGAUAUUACGGUUUACAGUGUAGAUCUACGUGUACUGGACACUGCAAAGACAACCUGUCCUGUAACCACACCACUGGAAAAUGUGACUAUGGAUGUGGUAAUGGAUGGACAGGGAUACAUUGUAACACACAGUGUCCUGCAGAAUCAUACGGCCCUGAUUGUGUGUAUAACUGUAGUGGACAGUGUUUGAGUUACUUCCCCUGUAACAGAACAACAGGAAAAUGUGACGGAGGCUGUAAUCCAGGAUAUACCGGGGAACUCUGUGACAAAGAGUGCCCUCCAGAAACAUAUGGUCCAAAUUGUCUGUAUAUCUGUGGUGAACGUUGUCUUAGUGACUUACCUUGUAACAGGACAACGGGGAUACGUGACGGUUACUGUAAUGCAGGAUAUACCGGGGAACCCACUGGAAAAGACGCACGUAAUACCAGGGAUGCCGAGUAUAGUACUCCGGAUGCAUACAUCGCAAUCUUGUCUAUCUCACUGGUCAUCAACUUUGUCCUUGUCGUUGUCAUUGUUGUAUUAUUGAGGGUAAUCUACUACCGAAAACAAGAGAAGCGUUCCUCAGACUAUAUCGUGAGUGCAGAAAGAUCACCGCCAUCACAAGUCAGCAAUAAUGACGUACAACAAUAUCAGGAACUCAGCAUGCCCAAUGAUAGUUCAUAUCAGAAUCUGGCAUUAAGAGAUCGUUCGUAA